UGCUGGCGGGGGGGCGGGCGGCCCGCGGCUACAAGAAGGGCGGGAGCGGCGCGGGCAGAGCCGCCGGGCUGGACCGCGGCCCCUCCGGUACCGGCACCGGCCCCGCCGCUGCCCGCGCCGCACGACAGGGGCAGCCAUGGGCAAGCACAGCAGCAAGCUGGCCCCAGAGAUGCUGGAUGACCUGGUGAGGAGCACGGAGUUCAGCGAGCAGGAGCUGAAGCAGUGGUACAAGGGCUUCCUCAAGGAUUGUCCCACUGGUAUCCUCAACCUGGAGGAGUUCCAGCAGCUCUACAUCAAGUUUUUCCCCUAUGGAGAUGCCUCCAAGUUUGCCCAGCACGCGUUCCGCACCUUUGACAAGAACGGUGAUGGGACCAUCGACUUCAGGGAGUUCAUCUGUGCCCUGAGCGUCACCUCCAGGGGCACCUUUGAGCAGAAACUCAACUGGGCCUUUGAGAUGUAUGACCUGGAUGGGGACGGGAAGAUCACGCGCUUGGAGAUGCUGGAGAUCAUUGAGGCCAUUUACAAGAUGGUGGGGACUGUGAUCAUGAUGAGGAUGAACCAAGAUGGGCUGACACCCCAGCAGCGUGUUGACAAGAUCUUCACAAAGAUGGACAAGGACAAGGAUGACCAGAUCUCCCUGGAGGAGUUCAAGGAGGCAGCGAAGAGCGACCCCUCCAUCGUCCUCCUCCUGCAGUGUGACAUGCAGAAAUAGAGCCCUGAGGGCUCGUGGCUGGACUGGCAGCAGCCAACCUCUGCUUCCCGGGAUGGGUUUUCCACAUCCCUAUUCCUGCUGAGUGUCCCUGUACCUGCUUUGCCCCAGGCAUGAGCCACGCUCUGUCCUUCCUUCUUGUCACCCACCCUGCCUGUGUCCUCAGCAGCCUGCGGUCCAUGGGCUGUAGCUCUCCCUCGAUGGGUAGAGCCUGGUCUGGGUAUUGCGGGCUUGAGGUUACCCCCAAAUCCACCCUCUCCCCUCCUGGAGCUGGACUCCCUGCAGCCAACAGUGUGUGUCCUGCUAUCCCAGGACCAGUUGUUCCCAUGUCCCUGCUGCUUUCUCCCAGCCUGGCCUGUUCCCUGAUCCUAACUGAAACCAGCUCUUUCCCUUUGCUGCUGAUCCUGCCCCUCAUUGCUUGUGGUGCCUCCAGGGAGGCUGAAAAGUCCCAAGUCCUGGUCCUGGUCUCUCCUUCACUGGCAAUUCCCUGCAAGGCUGCCCGGAAGGACCAGGGCUGGCUCCAGGGUGCUGUUAGCUCAGGCAGGGUGCUGCACCCUCCCUGAGGGCUCACUGCCUUUGCUUCCUCUGCCUGGCUUCAGCUCCUCCAGCUCUGCUUUUGCUACUGGGAACAGCCAGAAUCUGUCAGGGGACUUUAGGGGAGAGCAGAAGUGUCCAAGGCCACCGUGGAUGUGGCCAGUGUCUGAUCCCAGAAGCCACCUUCCACCCCAUCACCUCUGGGAGGUGGCAGAGCAAGUGGGUGACCACCACAACUGCCCCAGCAGCAUCUUGGAUGCCUUGUGGAGUUUCUGGCCUUCCUGGAUAUUAAGCUGAUGCCUGGGGUCCCACAUUGAAGGCAGGGGCUUCUGCGGGUUGCCCUGGGGCGAUGUCAGGAGUGUGGGUGUUGAAGGCAUGUCCUGGUGCUGCUCCUGGUGUGUGGCACCACAGGGCGCUGGUGGGUCUUGCACUGGGGCUGUGGAGAGGUGUGGAUGGGUUCUAUACCCACUGAACCUCCUGGCAGGGAUCUGAGGCCACAAGAAAUGUGUCUGUCUCCUUCCUUCCCCCAUCCCAGCCUGCUGCCUCCAUCCCUCCUGCCCAAGGACAGGAAUAUUGUCACAGGUCGGUAUUUAGUCUGCACGUUGUGGUGGUUUUGACUGUAAUAUCUGUUAAAUGGUGAAGUUGUUAUCUAUUUUUUUAAUGGGAAAAUAAACUGUCCCCCACAUGUGUGGUGUUCCCCCGAA